AUGUCCGGGAUCGCUCCGUUCCUAGGAAACCCUAAAGCGAUGUGGGCGUUUCUGACCACUCGGCGAGUGCGUAGAAUAGCGUUCGGGUCUGGGACAACUCCGGAGAACACGUCGCAGCCAGUGUGGACACGAGGCGUCAUUCCGUCCUCGCCUGACGUGUGGAUAUGGCUUGGUGACAUGGCGUAUCUGGAUGAGCCCGAGGUGAACUGUACACGGUGGCCGUUACAUCCACAAUGUAACUGUACUAGCGACUGGUUUCAACAACGGGGCAUAUCAUGUGUCAGAGGAAACAGCAAGUAUGCCAUCACUCGGAUGCAGCAGCAAUUACAGAACCCAGAUUACAUAAAAUUUCUGCAGUUCAUGUGUCCGCGCUACAAGCCGAGCAACGUGACGCCGAUCCCCGAUGGCUCUGAUCCGUCCGCAUGCCCGCGCAGCAUCCUGGGCGUGUAUGAUGACCGGGACUUCGGCUGGGCGCACGGGUACAAACGACUGAUGCACAAGGACCCGCUCAAGACCGUCUUCCUCGAUGCCCUGGGCGCGCCCAAAGAGGACCCGCGGCGUGACCGCGGAGAUGGCAUCCAGGCUGUGUACCACCUGAACGAGGCGCUGCCAGGUCAGCAGAUCGACGUGUUCCUAUUGGACGAGCGGUACUACCGGGAGAACCUGCCAUGCCACGUGCGUCGGGAGUUCUGCACCUCUGUUAUGGACCUUGACAGACCACAUAGCUGGCGCUCGUGGUGCGGGGACUUUCUAGGGCGGGAGGUGCCUCGGAAUCGGUGGUCGUGCUGUGACAAGGACGAGAAACUCUUCCAAGCGUGGUGCGGGCACGAGGCGCACCGCAACCACUCCCUGUGGGAAGAGGCGUGCAGUCCAGCUCACGAUGCAUUCGGAUCGCAGAAGAUCAGCGUGCGCAAGAAGGGCAAGGACCCUGCGCUCUGGGACAUAUACAUAGAAGAGCAACCGGAGCCGCAUAACUCGCAGUACUGUGAGGUGCUGGGGCGGCAGCAGCGCCUGUGGCUGCAGGAUGAGUUGCACGACUCGAAUGCGCCCAUCAAGGUCAUUGUCUCGCCCUCGCCGCUCUUCACGAAUCCGCUGCCGCAGCCCUGCUCGCCGUUCCCGAAGGAGCUCUCCACUGCUGCCACGCUUACCGGGCCGUAUGGGUCCGAACCUCCUGAUGAACCGGAUUUUGCAGGCUCGGCAGCAGCAGCAGCAGCAGCACCUUCUGGUGCCAAUGGUUCGGUUUCCGAGCCUCCUUCUACGUCCGUUCCGCCUGUGGCGCCGGUUACGGAGGACCCAGUUACCAACGUAACACAGUGCACAUGCUCGGGGGACGAUUGGGAGUGUUACAAGCCGGCACAGCUGCACUUUCUGGAGAUGCUCUCGCGGGUCGAGAAGGGGUGUGUGGUGCUGCUGACAGGGGACAUGGGGUACUCAGACAUCAAGGUGUUCCGGCCGGGUCCAGGGCGGGCAUACACGGAUCUCUACCGCAGCUCACAGCACUAUCGCCCCAUCUACCAGGUCAUGGCAAGUGGAUUGACAAGGAGACCACGAAUAGACACAUCCUGCAGUCCAGGCAACGCGUGGACGCAUGACCCGCUCAAGAUGCGGCACCCCUCCGAGUGCUCCAUUGCCCCUGCCCCCUCCUUUGGCAUGGUGGAGGUGGAUUGGGAUAGAGAAAAGUUGGUGAAGCUACAGGUGAGGGACGGGGAUACGACUGGGUACGCAAGCGCCGUUUAUCCGCCCACAUGGCUUCCGAACACGCCUGCUGGGAGCGGCGGGAUUUUCCGCCGGGAGUACGGUUCGCGGGAGUUAGAUGUUCGGGGGCGGCGGGGAUUGGCGGCUGCCGCAGAAGCUGCGCCAGCGGCGGAUGCGGACGAGGUGGCGCGGAUGGCGGAAACUUCUGCGGAACGUUUGGAACCCUACCUGGUGGGCGGGGCAGUGCGCGACCUCUUUUUGGGCCGAAUUCCCAAGGACGUGGACAUCAUAGUGGACGCGUCACCCGCCCACGUGGCACGCGUGUUCCGCGAGCGCAAGUUCCGCCCUGUCGUGAUUGGCCGCCGCUUCCCCAUCUGCCGCGUCUUCCUCAAAAACUCUGUCGUGGACAUUUCCAGUUUCGACAGUGAGCCAACCGCGGUGAUUCCCCCUGCUGUGCCCUCGAAAGACGAUGUACUGUUGGUAGCACCCGCCGCUCAGCCCCCCUCUGCUUUAGAACCAGAACAGCUCGCAGCAGCAGCAACAGCAGCAGGGGAGGAUGGGAGCACAGAUGGGACUACAAACGGGGCACAGGAGGCAGGGGGGUUUGGAGAGAAGGAGCGCUGGGAGGAGGUAGAUCUGGUGAAGGUUGUAUCUGUGGAGACAGAUGGAUGGGCGGAUGAGAAGGAGGAUGAGGAAGGGGAGGAAGGGGGAGGGGAGAGGGCAGAAGGGGGUGCAGCAGAAGUAGUGCAGGAGGGGUUGGGUGAGGAGGCGGGGGAUGUUGCUGCUGCACUUGCUGCUGAUGCUGGCAUUGCUGGGGCUGCUGCAGCAGCAGGUAUUGAUGGUGCCGCUGGUCAUGCCAGAACAGUUACUGGUUCCACUGCUGCUGCUGCUGCUGCUGCUGCUGCUGCUGCUGCUGAGGGUACCAAAGCCAGUGGCGCUGCUGCAAGGGCGAAGGCGAGUCAAAGCGAGUCAGACGAGGCUCAAGUGGAUUGGAGGAGCGUGGCAGUGCGGCCAGCGGUGCAGCGGCAUGCGUAUGUGUGGUCGGAGGGCGACGAGCGGCGCUGGCGCAACGCCAUGAAGCGCGACCUCACUGUCAACGCCCUGUUCUUCGACCCGCAUCGCCACAUGCUGUUUGACUAUGUGGGCGGCACCCGGGACCUCUACAAACAAACCCCUUUCUCUGUGCUCGUCUGUCCUCGUCUGUCCUGCUGCCAUCAGGUGCGAGUCAUUGGCGACACGCGAGCCAGCUUCCAGGAGGACCCUGCGCGGUGUGUGAGGGCCAUUCGCCUGGCGGCGCGGCUGGGCUUCCGUCUGAGCACGGGGGUGACCCGGGCUCUCAAGGCGCCCUCCACCCUGCCCGCCGUCGCCACUCUACCUCAGUCUCGCAUGCAAAUGGAGCUGGUGCAGAUGAUGUCUCACGGCGCAUCUGAGCCGUCCGUUCGCAUGCUCUGGCAGUUCAACCUGCUCCCUCUGCUGCUGCCAUCACAGUCCCUUCCCCCCUCUUGCUCCCAACCCCUCUUUUCCCAUGCCCUUCCCUCUCCAUGCCCCUCCCUCUCCAUGCCCCUCCCUCUCCAUGCCCCUCCCUCUCCAUGCCCCUCCCUCUCCAUGCCCCUCCCUCUCCAUGCCCCUCCCUCUCCAUGCCCCUCCCUCUCCAUGCCCCUCCCUCUCCAUGCCCCUCCCUCUCCAUGCCCCUCCCUCUCCAUGCCCCUCCCUCUCCAUGCCCCUCCCUCUCCAUGCCCCUCCCUCUCCAUGCCCCUCCCUCUCCAUGCCCCUCCCUCUCCGUGCCCCUCCCUCUCCGUGCCCCUCCCUCUCCGUGCCCCUCCCUCUCCGUGCCCCUCCCUCUCCGUGCCCCUCCCUCUCCGUGCCCCUCCCUCUCCGUGCCCCUCCCUCUCCAUGCCCCUCCCUCUCCGUGCCCCUCCCUCUCCGUGCCCCUCUCUCUCUCCCCUCUCUCCCCUCUCUCCCCACUCUCCCCACUCUCCCCACCAGGCGCAGUACCUGCGGGCAAAGAAGUUUUCUCAGAAGGCGAUGACAGACCGCCCCGACCUCAUGUUUGGUCCGGCCUGGCCGAGUGAGGAGAAACCGAGCCUGACUGGUGAAGGCCGGAGGGAGAAGGAAAGCAGGUUUGGCCCGAAGCAACAGGAGGGACAGGUAGGAGAAAUUUGUAGUGAUGGAAGCAUUGGAGGAGGAGAGUACGUGGGAGGAGGGCAGUGGGCAACAGAGGGAAGCAAGGGGAUGGAAGAAGAAGAUUGGGAGGGAUUCAGGGAGGUGGAGUGGAGAGGGGAGGAGGGGAUGGAGGGGAUGGGGCGAGGGGAGGUGGCGAGGGCCGUGAGGGGGGCUGUGGGGGCUCUGAAGGCGAGGAGGGAGGCCGUACUGCAGGAGCUGGCAGCUGUGGAGGGGCAGCUGGGGGAGGUGGUAUCUGAGAUGAUGCUUCGAGGAGGGGGAAUCGGUAGGUUCGCUGCUAGACUUGAGGAGGUAGGAGAGGGGGGAGGGGAGGGAAAAUGGGAGGGGGAUGGGGAGAAGGGGGAGACACAGGAGCGUAAGCAAGCGAUAGAGAGUUCGGGGUUACUUCUUUCAGGAGAGGGAGGUAAAGGAGAGGCAGAGGGUGGAGGCGGGGCAGCAGCACAGGUGUUGACGCCUGACUUGGCAUCAGCAGUGGCCGAGAGCCUGGCGAGGGUGCGGGCGUGGGGGCAGCAGUGGCACGAGGAGCAGCAGAUGCUGACCGAUGUGAGCCGGUUGCUGGUCGCUCUGGAAGGCACGGGAGGGAUGGGUGCAAUGGGGGCAGUGAGGACGACCUGGGGGAGAGGAGGAGGAGGAGGUGUGGGAGUGGAGGGAAGGGAGGGGCAUGAGGGGAAGGCGGGGGAGGGUAGAGGGGGUGACGAUGUGGUGGCAGGGGCAGAGGAAGGCUCUGGUGGUGAUGGUGUGAGUGAUGGUGGUGAGUGUGACAGUAGUGAAGGGGAAGAAGGGGCGGUGUCUGCUGCUGCUGAUGCUGCGGGUGAUGAUGCGCAUGGCAGUGGCAGUCAGCGGGCGGCAAGAAGGAAGAAGAAUGCAUGGAGGCUCACCACAGAGGAAGAUAUCAUCCGGGCGGCAUCUCUUGUAGCAGUGAGGGCAUCACAGCAAGUGCACCACAUGGUGGACGACAGGCUGCUCUCAGCCACACUGCAUGACCUCACCGGAUUGGAGCGCCACGACAAUGUGUUCAUACAGUACAAGGUGGCGCAAUCCACUCAUCAGCUUUUCCACGAAAUCAUAUGCAAGUCGGAGGUUAAUAAGGACGAGCAUGCACUAUUGCACUUGAAGUCCAAGUCACUCCAAGUCCUUGAGGAUGGUCUUGAAGGCUGUGGUGGAGAUGAUCCACGUGAUAUAGAGCAAGUGAAGGAGCUGCUUUCUCCGAUGAAGCAGGAGCGGUUUAGUAGCAUCAAGUUUGAUUUGAACGAGGUGGCCUCCAUUCUGAAAAGCAAGCCCGUGCGUGGUAGUUGCGAAACGGGUGGUGCGGUGCGGGCGGAUGUUCCGAAAUCAACGUUUGAUCCGUCCAUGGAGAUUGACUUGCAGCAGCCUCUUGCUGCCGGCGGUUCUGCCGGUAGCGCUGACGUCGUCCGUCUGGUCGCGGCGGAGCAUCAACGGAUUCUGAACGCCUUCCGCACUGCCCUGGAGUCCCCGCUCCCCCCCAGCCAGCUGGCGCUGCCAACCCUAGCGGAAGCGCUGCAGCUGGGGGGGAGUGCGGGGAGCGGUGGGGGAAUUGGCAGCGCAGCCACAGGGACGACCUUGCCGAAGGAAGGCAAGCUGACAGCGGAGCAGAACCAGCUGCUGGAGAUCGGCCUGCGGUCGCUGCUGCAGAGCCUCGUGGUGAGAAGGGCUGGUGUGAGGUGCUGUGCGGCGGGGCGAAUGGAAGGCGGGGUGGUGUUCCAACUCCUAGAGGAUCUCAUGGACCAGUCUCCAAUUGCAGACUGCCACCUCGUCUUCUCCUACAUCGAGUCCAAGCAGCACGUGCUCGCCAAGGAGCACAUACUACAGCGAGGCAAGCUGGUGCUGCUGCGUGCGUGCAACCAGCUCGUGCGACGGCUGUCCAAGGCGAACGAUCUGGUGUUCUGUGGGCGCGUGCUCAUGUUCCUCGCAUACUUCUUCCCCAUCGCUGAGAAAUCAGCGGUGAACAUCAAGGGCGCGUUCAACACGUCCAAUAAGACCGACUACGCUCGAGAGGCCCCCCAGGAUGCUGGCCCUCUCCUGGACUUCAAGUUCUACACCACCUUCUGGAGCUUGCAGGAGUAUUUCAGCAACCCGGCUGUAGCACUACCCAAGUGGGCCGUGUUCUCGUCACACCUGUGCACCGUUCUCGACACCUUCGAAGCGCAGCCCCUGGGCACCGACGUUGAUGCAGGGGCAGAGGCAGGGACGGGCGCAGGGGACGAGGCAGGCGCAGGGGCAGGCGAAGAAGGAGGAGCAGAGGGAGCAGGUUUAGGAGCAGGAGGGGCCAGGGAGGGAGGAGAGCGGGGAGCAGGGGGAGCAGGGGGGGUGGGGGAGGCGGUGGGGGAGAUGCUGGGGGCGUACAGCAUGAAGUAUCUGACGAGUACGAGCCUGCUGCAGCUGGAGCUCAGGGAUGGCAGCUUCCGCCGCCAGUUCCUCGUGCAAUGCCUCAUCUUGCUGGAGUAUCUUAUGAUUCCAGGGAAGGCAGAGAAGGACGAUAAGCGAGAAGCCAUGAGGGCGGAGGCCCGGGAGUUUGAGGCGCGGGUGAAGAAGCUUCUGAGAAGGUUACCGCCGGGCGGCGAGGACUUUCUGACGUCUGUGGAGCACGUGAUGCGGCGAGAGAAGCACUGGGUGGCAUGGAAGAAGGAGGUGUGUCCGCCCUUCGACCGCCCCCCAGCUGACCUCACUCCCCGCCGCGACCCAACACCCAAACGGCCGCGUUACCUGAUGGGGAACAAGGAGCUGGAUCGGCUGUUUCGAUGGGCUGACAAGCACCCUGAUGCCUUGACGGACCCAGAGCAGGUGGCAGUGCCGGCGUUUCGAGACUUCAUUCAACCGCUGGCUGAUGAUAUGGACCCGGAGAAUUGCAUAGAGGCGGAGUACCACAGGACCAAUGACAAGGUCUUCUGCUGGAGGGCCUUGCGCCUCGCUGCACGGUCCGACAUCGAGGCCUUCAACAGGUUUGGCGAUCUGGGCAUGGAGGGAGUGGUGCCACCGGACAUGCUACCAGACGAGGUGCGGGUGAAGCUGCACAAGGGCAAGCCCAAGAAGGACUCGCACGGCGAUAGAGACGCGGUCAAAGACGCUGGGAAAGGAGCAGCUAAUAAAGAGGCUGUGGGCGAUGCAGGGAAGGAUGCUGCAGCUGGUAACGCCCUGCCUCCUGCACCAACUGCAGCUACGCCUGCCACUCCCCUGCAAGCCCCUGCUGCUGCUGGUGCUGUGGGUGCUACAACUGCCGCCGAUGCUCCAUCCACGCCUGUAGCGGCUGCUACGGCUGCUGGGACUCCACUUGCUGCUGCUAAGGGCCUGAGUGGUUCGGCGGGCAAGAAGACUGGUCCGGCUGUAGCGGCAGGUAGGGGGGAUGGGAAAGGGGAGGGAGGGGGUGAUGGGGAAGGCACACCCAGUGCAAAGGGGUUCGUGUUUGACCUCAACAUGGACGCUCCAGAUGGCUCCCCUGCUGCUGCUGCUGGUGCGGGUGCAAGAUCAACGCCUGGGAGUGCAGGUGGUGGUGGGUCAGGGAGGAAAGGGCGUGGAGGGGAGGUGAGUGCGAUGGAGGUGGAAGGGGAGAGGAAGGCAGAUGGGGAGGGAGAGGGGAGGGCUUCGGCUUCUAAGAAGCGGUCACGUAUAGAUGAGUGA